CUGGAGGCGUCUGACCUUCUAAGCUAGGUCACGGUGUUUCUAAAGGCAGCGUACAAAAACCUAUGAAUGGCUUCACUGAUCGAACGACGGCAACCUUCAACAGUGCUCGGCAGUCGGCAGUAAUUCAAGGUGGUUAUACUCGAGGUCUUGCCCGUAUGUGAGUUACAAUAGUUUAGUUCGUCUCUGCCGUCGUAAAGCACAGCUCGAAGAUGCCUUGUUACAAAGUGGUACACUUCAACGGCCGUGGGUAUGCCGAGCCGACCCGUAUGCUGCUCGCUCUCGUUGGCCAAGAGUUUGAGGAUGUUCGACACUCGACUGCGGAUUGGCCCAAGCUCAAAGCCGAUGUUCCUUUGCAGCAGUUGCCUUACAUGGAGGUCGACGGGAAAAUCAUUCCCCAGAGCCGGGCCAUGCAUGGCUUCGUGGCCAGAGAAUUCGGUCUAAACGGCGCAAACAACGAGGAGACGACACAAAUCGACGUGGUCCUCUCCACCCUCGAAGACAUUCGAGUCCCACUCGGCAGAAUUUUGUACUACGAAAAAGAACUUGACGAAAUCCAAAAGAAAGAAAAGCUGAAAGAGUUUUAUGAAAAGACGGCCCCCAAAUACAUGGCGGGACUUGAAAAGAUGCUCACAGAUAACAAUGGUGGUCAUGGCUUCUUCGUGGGUUCAAAGAUUUCUCGUGCCGACAUCUUCUUUUACGUCGUCAUGGAAACGGUCGAAGAGGACGAGCUGAAGAAGUACCCUAAGCUGUCGGCACUGAUGAAACGCGUUGCCGAAGCCCCGAAGAUCGCUGCUUACUUAGCAAAGCGUCCGCAGACGCCAUGGUGAACCUUGUGGGACAAGCGGCUGAAGUCUAAGAAUGAAUGGCAGUAACUUGGCAUGACGGCCAAACUGAGAAAAAACCCUAUCGAAAAUACUAUCCAUAGGCCUAAAUACCUCAGACACUGGACCUAGUCUGGUUCCCAGACCAUAAGAAUCUGACUAUUCCUGAUGAAUCUUAGGUCCGGAAGCAUCCGGUAAUACAUUGUAUUACAAUUCAUGUCACGUGACUAAAACGGGAGGAAUUCCUCCUUUUUCCGAAAAUUUCCAAACAGGACAACAAAUUUGCAUUCACUGUGUUAUUUUUGUUUUAUAUACUUUUAAAAAAAUGGACUUUAGAAGCCUUAUUGGUUUUCCCACAAAGCAGGGUUUUAAAUUAAGUUCCGGGAAUGUUUGCUCAAUCACACUUUUCCCCUUAAAUACAAAAUAAUAAUAAACUGAGGUUAUUAACCGUCUA